GAAUGGAGCAGAUUCCUCUGUCCCAAGUGUUCCCAAAAGGCAGGAUGCUGAUGAUCUCUCUGGUGAUACUUUCAACUAUGAAGAAUACUGUGCUGCCAAGGCGGUCACCGGGCCCUGCCGUGCAGCCUUCCCACGCUGGUACUUCAAUGCUGAGAAGAACGCCUGUGAUAACUUCAUCUUUGGGGGGUGCCGGGGCAACAAGAACAACUACCUGUCCGAGGAGGCAUGCAUGCUCCGCUGCUUCGGCAAACAGACCUAUCCUGGCCUGCCUCCUGGCACUGAAGUGGUCGUCCUGGUGGGGCUGUUCAUCAUGGUCCUGAUCCUUUUCCUGGGAGCCUCUGUGGUCUACCUGAUCCGUAUGGCUCGGAGGAACCAGGAACGCGCCCUCCAAACCAUCUGGAGCUCCGGGGAUGACAAAGAGCAGCUGGUGAAGAGCACGUAUGUCCUGUGAAGGCCACCCUGUCACCACGAGACCUGGGGAGCACGGUGCACAGAGCACCAGGAAACACGUGUGCUUUUUAAAAAUAGAGUGAUUGCUUUGUAUUGUGAGAUCGGCAGGGCCUCAGUCUGUUUCUUACUUGAGAAGGGAAGAAGGCCAGGCGGGCUCACUUUAGAAGCCCUCGUGGGGAAGAAGGUCCGUUUGGCGUUGCAGAUGGCCUGGCAGCAGCCUGGCACCUUCAUAAGCUUGCUUUCUUUCCUCCAGGUGUUCUCUUUGCUUGAGUUGCAUCCCACUGCUUCCUUUCCCUUCACAGCAGUGGUGUUUAGUACUUGCCUUUGUUCAUUUGAUUGAUUUGUAUGUGUGUUUUUUAAGCAAGCAGAAACAUAAUGUUUUUUUUAUUAGGAUUCUGAGAAUAACAAAAUGAAAUGUCCAAGUUUAAUAAAAAGGGCCUCCCUUUUAAAAUAAA